UUCAUCAAACUUCAAUAAGUAAUAUGGCUAAGUUUUUGAACUCUAUCAUUUGUUUCUUUCUCAUUCUCUCAGUUGCAUUGGCGAUUAAUCAAGUGAAUGCAGAAAAGGAAUGUACUGAAAUUUUGCAUCCCAAUCCGGGAAGUAUUUUUGGAUGUGUUCUGAGAGACUGCAACAAGGAAUGCAAAGAGAAACACAAUGGAACUGGAUAUUGCACAAGUGAUGCUGGUGUUGGUAAAUAUGUUUGUACUUGUGCUUAUGAUUGUAGCCUUCCUUGAAGA